AUGAAGCCCCAAAACGUCGUCGGUGCUGCCGGUACUGGUGCUCUCCUCAUGGCCGCAGGUGCCAUGGCUGACCAGCAGGUCUUCCAGCCCACCUCUCUUACUGCGCCCUUCAUCGAGCAGUUUAUCGAGUCUCUUCCCGAGUCUCGAUGGACCGUCUCCAAGGCUACCAAGCAGACCCCCGUCGGCGACGAGAUCUUCUCUUACGUCGGCCAGUGGGAGGUCGAGGAGCCAGAGAUCUUCCCCGGAAUCGAGGGUGACAAGGGUCUUGUCCUCAAGACCAAGGCUGCCCAUCACGCUAUCUCCACUCUCUUCCCCCAGCCCAUCGACCCCAAGGGCAAGCCCUUCGCCCUCCAGUACGAGGUCAAGCUCCAGAAGGGUCUCGAAUGUGGCGGUGCCUACAUCAAGCUCCUGACCGAGCACGAGGAAGGCGAGGGUCUCCGUGCCGGUGAAGACUACACCGACAAGACUCCCUUCACCAUCAUGUUUGGCCCCGACAAGUGCGGUUCCACCAACAAGGUGCACUUUAUCUUUAGGCACAAGAACCCUCUUACUGGCGAGUGGGAGGAGAAGCACUUGAAGAACCCCCCUUCGCCCAAGAUCUCCAAGACCACCAACCUCUACACUUUGAUCACCAACCCCGACCAGACUUUCGAGAUUCUCAUCAACGACGAGUCUGUCAAGAAGGGUUCUCUCUUGGAGGACUUUGACCCCUCAGUGAACCCUCCCAAGGAGAUUGACGACCCCGAGGACUUUAAGCCCGAGUCUUGGGUCGAGGAGGCCGAGAUUGACGACCUCACUGCUACCAAGCCUGCCGACUGGGACGAGGACGCCCCUUUGAUGGUUGUCGACACGGACGCUUCCAAGCCCGCCGAGUGGCUCGAGGACGAGCCCGAGUACAUUCCCGACCCUGAAGCCGAGAAGCCCGAGGAGUGGGAUGACGAGGAAGAUGGUGACUGGAUUCCUCCCCAGGUGCCCAACCCCGCCUGUCAAUCUGCCGCUGGCUGUGGCCCCUGGGUCGCUCCCAAGAUCCGAAACCCCGACUACAAGGGCAAGUGGACCAUCCCCAAGAUCGCCAACCCCGAGUACAAGGGUGUCUGGGCUCCCAAGAAGAUUGCCAACCCCGUCUACUUUGAGGACUCUCACCCUUCAGACUUUACCAAGCUUGCCGGUGUCGGUAUUGAGCUCUGGACUAUGACUGAGGACAUCCUUUUCGACAACCUUUACAUUGGUCACGACGUCGACCAGGCCAAGAAGUUUGCUGCGGAGACUUUCCACGUCAAGAAGCCUCUCGAGAAGGCCGCCGAGGGAUCCACCGAAGACGACGAUGACGAGCCCGAGACUCUCGUUGACCAGGUCAGGCUCAAGAUCUACGAAUUCAUCAACCUUGCUGGUUACGACGUCGUCGCCGCCGUCAAGCAGCUCCCCGAAGUCGCUGCCGGUCUCGCCGCCGCCGCCUUCACCCUCAUCGGCAUGCUCCUCGCCCUCUUUGGCCUCAUCGGUUCCGCGCCCACCAAGGUCAAGACCACCAGAGCCACCGUCAAGAAGACUGCUGGCGUCGUGCCAGCCCAGCCCAAGGAGGAGGAGAAGGAAGCUUUGGUGGAUGCUGGUGUGCCUGAGGAGGUUGCGGAGGGUAAGGAGGGGGUUAAGAAGAGGGUUAUUAGAAGUACCAAGGACUAA